AUAGCCUACAUUCUGUUACUGAGUGAAAUUAAUAGAUUACUGGAAACGCUCAGUGUACUUAAAGGCUGGUGUAGAAAGCAGCUUAUAAGAAUUUCAUUGUUCACCUCGUCAGGAAAAUCAACUUGACCGGCCAUCACCAAAUUUUCAAUUUAAAAACAAAUGGCUUACACUUCCUUAUGGCUUCUUUUGGUAGGAAUCAUCGUUUUGGCGUCAGAAAUAGAUGCCCAAACAACAGAGACUCAACCAACAACAACUGCGCUAUACUGCCCCAACUUUUAUACCAACACAAUUCGUUGCAACUGCUUCACGCAGGAUUCUGGAUUUAGAAUUGAAUGUGAUGCGAAUUAUUAUUCAAACACCAGUCCGGAAAUAGCAAGGGACGCACUUAUUUACUAUCAGUCGUAUGGCCCCGUUGUCUCCUUUUAUGUUUACGACAUUUCCCAAGCGUAUUUUAACUACGUACCGGACAAUUUCCUUGCGGGAUAUCAAAUCCCAAAUGUUCAUUUUCAGUGUAGCCACUCUCACUCUACUGUUGGAAAUCUGCUGCUAUUCAGCAUCAACGCAUUCACAGAUGAUUCCGGUGUGUGUGGUUUGACGGGCAAUGUCACAUUCAGAGAUUGUAACCUGCGCCAGUUUGACACAACCACUUUGAAAAACUGCAAUCAAUUGAAAAAUCUCGCCUUUAUGGACAGUCACGUCGAGACUCUCAUCAACAUUCCCACGUUUGAAAGAUUGAAGAACUUGACGGUUUAUUCUCCAACAAACUGGAAUUACGCAACUCAGAGAGGACUUUCCCGGAUGUCAUUGGCUCCAGGUGCAUCACUUCCCCAAUUGUCCUAUCUGGACCUUACUGGCAAUAGUCUCAAAGACGAUUCGAUUGAAUUCGUGGUUCAAUUGACGGUUAUCGAAGAGUUGCAUUUGGAAGGCAACAACUUCGUCGCCGUCCCCAAUUUGACUGAUGCCUUUUAUCUGCACACGUUUUCAAUGACGUUGAACGAGAACGCGACGGACGUCUCCAUUCUACUUCCCAAUCCGAAGACGCAGUUGAAAACUUUAACCGCCAGUUUUUAUUCUUCUAAUUCUAGGACCGUGAACAAUAUUAUUACUCUAAAAGGAAUGUUCGUUAACAACGUCGUUAACUUCAGAUUGAACAUGACCGAGUUCAAGGAGAACGUUUUCUUAGCUCCACUUCAGUCGAACGGUCUCACCAUCAACUUGAAUCCAACUUCAAAAUUCGCCUGUGGCUGCAACAUUUCGUGGCUCGUACGCGAUAAUCCAGCACUUUUAAGUUACGUCAACAACGGAACAUGUGUCGAUGGACGUCCAUUCCAGUCCGUUCCCAUAGAAGAAGUGGCAUGCUGCUCGAAUGAAUCGCUUCUACGUCGACUUGCUCUUAUGCAAGAAGAAAUUUACUACCUGAAGGCAAUAAUGCAGUCGAAAUAGGUGCGCUCUUUCCCGUUCCGGCCGGAUGUCCAGUGCACUAAAAACAUCACCUUCCAUCCCUCACCUGUUGUUGCUAGUAUUCCAAUAUAACUUUGUGUACGUGAAUUAGAUACACCCCUUCAAUAAUAGAAACAUAUAAGACAUAAUAGCGCAAGAAUCGAAAAGAGGAUUAACAAAAUAAAGAAGUGAUAUGAGA